GAGAAAAAGCGACCAAUGUAAAACCUCAACUCAAAACACGUGCUUUUGAAACCCGGAAAUAAACAACGCUCAGACUUUAGACCCAAAAAGCUCGCCACUUCGGUGUGUGUCCACUUUCUUUCCAGCCGGUUAUAACUACGUGUCUACAAGCAGAAUGAGAUCGGCUCUGCUUCAUGUGACGGUACCACUCACAUUCUGCGCUGCUUUGGUGAACACGAACCUGUUCGGUGAAGUUGAAGUGGACCUGACUUACGAACAUUACGCAGAAAGAGCGGCUGAAAACAUGCCUGCGUUGUUGGUAAUGCCGUUCAACUGUUUGGUUAACGUGGCGUACAUCUUCAUGGGACUGUACUGGCUGCUCUGGCGCAGCGGCGUUGCGGAAACGGAGCAAAGCUGCUACUUGCGACAAGUCUUCGCCCUCAUGGCCGUUUUCUACGCACCAGUGCAGUGGACGCGCCUGGCGACGAUGCGGCGCGCUCCCGCGGUGCUGGACCAGUGGCUCACCUUGCCCAUCUUCGCGUGGGUCCCCGUGUGGAUCGAUUUCAUAGAGCGCGCGCCGGGGAAGUGGCGCGCGUCGCACGCGGCGACGCUCGAGCUGUGCUCCGUCGCCAGCUACGGCUUGGCGCUCGCGCACCAGCGCGGCUUUGAGGUGGCGCUGGGCUGUCACGUCGCGCUGGCGUUGUACAGAGGAGUCCGCGUGCAGGUGGCGCGCGGAGACAGCCGCACAGCGGGCUACCUCCUGCUAGCUGGGCUGUCCUGUGCAGGGUUCGUGGUGCUGAAGCUGCUGGAUCACUGGCUGGCCCGGUACUGGGUCUUCCAGAGUCUCACGGGACACUUCUGGUCCAAAGUGUGUGACGUGCUGCAGUUCCACUACAGCUUCCGCUUCCUGACUGCGUUAACAGACAAGGCGCUGAGAAAAACUGCAGCACAGCAGAGGUGAUCAGGAAAAUCGCUUUAAUCUAGGAUUGGAUCUAUAUGAACAGCUAUCCAUCAAAUGCAACUGGAAUUUAAAUAUAGACACAAGUAAAGCUAAAAAAUUGUUUUGUUUUAAGUGGUAUUUGUGCAAACACUGAUCUAAAUAGCCAAUGAUGUGUGCCCUUAAGUUCAACAUUCCUGUAAAACCUUCAUCUGGACUACUUCAUUAAUCCUCAGGACAUCUCAGUUCCUAAUAAAAGUUAUAAUUUGACAUCU